CGGCGCUGCAUCCCUUCCUCUUCUUGCAUGUUGAUCGCUUUCUUCUCCGCCUGUACGACUUGUUUUUCCUCCCCUUUGUUGGCUGUGAUAUGAAGAUAUGAUCCGGCGGCUUUUCCUCGUCUUAUCCAUCCCCCAUGGUGUUCCUCCUCAGCUAGAUCUUCUGGUCAAACUGGUGCCACGAACUGCGUCUCUGAAAGCCAGGGUUUAUAUUAGUUCUUUCUUUCUUCGUUUAUCUUCUGUUAGGAAAUACAGUACUACUAGGGGGCACUUUCACAGACUCUGUUCCAUCACAAGCUGGUCUAGAACUCUAGUUACAGGCUUACAGCUGCCGGGAUCAUGAGCAUAAACUUUGUUUCAGAUGAUUGGUAUUUGUACAAUUGUACUCUCUAGUGACUGAUGUUCUUUGGAGACAGUAGAAGCUUUUAUCCAACUCACCAGUAACUGAUACAGAGCCUUUUCACUACAAUUAUGGGAGUGUUAAUGCCUUUUCAGGAAAGUGUUAACAUCUUUCUCAGCGUGUCGAUUUAAUAUUUGUUUAGCUGUUGCACGUGUUUAAUAUCUGAAAUUGAAUUCCGUUACUUGUUGAUGUUUGAAGGUUGCUCAGUAACCAUAUAACUGGGUACAAGGCACUCAUGUUGCAGCCAGAGGGUUACUGAACACAUCACUUUCUUUGUCUUUGGAUAUGUCUUAACAGGCUCAUCACUGAAAAAGGACUUCAAGUACAUGGCCUUUAAGACUCUGCAAGCUCCACCCAGUUUAGCAAGGCCAGACAGUUGCAGCUUCAGUCCCUCCAACUCCAAGUCUUAUUUUUAUCAACCAAAACCUCACUCAAGACCGCAAGCAAGAAUCGCCACCAAGAAUCGCCUUCAGAGUUCACCAGUCCUGAAAUGCAGAGCCAAUCCGCGUGGCCGCAUCGACGAGGUUGUCCAGUCCCAUCAGGAUCAUCAGACUACUGAGAUUCCCAUACUUCUGUACCAAUCGGUCGUUUUCCCUGGCCAGACGCUGCCGCUGCAGACGGUUGAGUUCAGAUACCGCAUCAUGAUGCAGACACUACUACUCCAGGAAGGCCACAGCUUUGGUAUCAUCUACUCCAGCAGGAAAGACAGUAGGAUGGCCGAUGUUGGAUGCAUGGUCCAUAUCGUUCAGUGCGAUAAGCUCGUCAAUGACCGCUUCUUCCUGACGUGCGUCGGCGGAGACCGGUUCCGUGUCCUGGAGGUCGUCAGAACAAAGCCCUAUGUCAUCGCAAGAGUCCAGGUACUGAAAGACAGAGACUCGCCUGAUUCAAGUAACCUGGGGUGCCUGAUGCAGCAGGUGGAAGGGCGCCUGAAGGAUGUGACAAUGCUUUCAGAGAAGCUCAGCUGGAAACUAAUGGGAGACAAGGCUAGGCAGCUCAGCAGGAUGCAUUCUCCGGAGUCUUUCUCCUUGGUCGUCGCUCGGUUGUUUGUCGAAGAUCGUUCAGAGCAGCAAUGGUUGCUCGGGUUAGAUGACACAGCACAGCGACUGGUGAGAGAACGAAUGUAUCUUCAACAGAGGAGCAAGUACCUGGCAGCCGUAGCGGCGAUCAGGGACGCCUUUGGGCAACUGUCCUGCAAUGAGAAGCAGUAGCAGACCUAGUGCAUUGCAGCUGCCAUUCUGGUAAUAGGAGUAUGUUCUUGCUGCAUUGUUGUUUGAUACUUUGCUUCUGUCGUAAUGUGUAUAUAUUGUAUAUCCUUGAACGUUUGUCUUUGUGGUGAAACUUCACUAAUUUCUGGAUGUACUCUGUUACUCAAUCAUGUAUAUACACACCAUCUUCAAGGUUUUCAGAAA